AUGGUUCAUGAGCGUCUGAGCAGGACGCAAAAGCAGAGUAGAUCGGAAAACAGGAACUGGGUGUUGCAAAGGAAUUUCAGACACUCCUACUUCAGUCCUCAACUGGGUGUAAACACAUUGUUUCUCUGCCUGCUCCAAAAGUUCAGCUCCACUGCAAGUCGCACUGCUGUGGGGCUCGCUCUACCAGGUGGACAGGGUGAGACUGUAACAGUGACAGGGAAGGCUGGAGACCACAUCACUCUGCAGACUGGAGUCACUGGACUACACGGUGAUUAUCAGAUCAUCUGGUCUACUGGUGAAGAGCGGCGUGUGAUAGUGCACUUUGAUGAAGGCAACCUGAUACUGAACACAUCAGAGAGAUUCCACCUGGACAUAAAGACUGGAUCUCUCACCAUCAGGUCCCUCAGCAUCAACGACACCGGACUUUAUGAGGGACAGAUCAUCAAUGGAAACGGCUCACAGCACAGCUUUAACCUGACUGUUGUGGAGGCUGAUCCCAUCAAACCAACUGAUGCACCUCUAGAUAACAUCACUGCUUACCAGAGGAAGUACCUGGCAACUGCUUUAUCAGUUGUGUUAUUUGUUCUUGUCUGCAUUGUGCUGCUCCUCUGUGCAUCCAGACAGAAGAACAUUAAAGGAAAUUGUCGGUGUAACAGUGAGGUCGUCUGAUGUCAGAGGAUAAAAGAGGAUCCUAGAUGAACUAUUUCGUAGGAAAAGCACCAAUAAUAGAACUUCCAUCAUGUCUUUAUGGUGCUAUACAGGAUAUGAUUAACAGUAACUAGGAUAUCCUUUAGAGUGAGUCUUCACUUUGCAUUCUUUUCAUUCAGAAGUCCCUCUCUGGUGCACUGCUAUUCAUAUACCAGCAUGUAAGAGAUGUGGUUCAUGGCUGGAGAGCAGUCUGUUAUCUUUAUUUCUAGACUUUUUUGACACUGCCUCAAAACUAAAACACAGCCAAUUUUUACUGACACUUCAAAUUAAUCUAUUUGAUAACUCCAACACCACUUUUGUCUUCUCUAGACUUGAAUGUGUAUGUGGUGUAUAUGAGACAAGCAGUGAGAGCAGACAGACCAUCCACUGAGUCACUGCUACAUUAAGCUCAUAAUCACCAAGCUACAAGGUCACUGAGGUCACUCUCAACACUGUUAUAGGUGGUGAUGAGCUGAGAAGACUACUGACUCAAUUAUGAUAUUAAUUUAUAAAUUAAUUAGAUUAAAUGCUGGUCAUUUAUUCUUGGUUAUUAUAUCAAAUUUAAAUUAAAAGCUUGUUUUUGUUUUCUUUCUAUUUACAGAGUUUUUCCUCCUUUUGUUUUGGUUUUGUUGUCCCUUUACUUAUGUGUGUCUGGCCAUGUGCCCCAAUAAAGACUUUUAACUUUCUUACUUUAACAAAGCAGUGUGUUUAGUUUCUUGAGGGAAUGUUUUCCAUUUCUUAUGGACAGAAGGUGGGACAAAUCACAUAUUUAAUAUCUCGAUCUGCAUAUUUACCUUGUUGGUGCUGUAGCUUUUCUGUUAAUCUGAUUCAAUGAAGACAUGUUGAAAGUGGUACAGCAGUGUUAGUGAAACUAAUCAGUUUGCCAGCGCCAACUUUUAGAGAAAAAGCACUCAAAAUCUUUUUUAAACUGAGGACCAACAUGUAAAAUAACAAAAUAUGCAGCACAUUUUCAGAGUGAAGAAUGUGUCUGUACAAUUAAACCAGCUGUUAGCCUUUUUACUGUAAUGUUAAAUGUGAUGUUUGUGCUUUCAUGAAUGUAGAAUUUAAUCUCUGUCAUAAUCAUUUUAAAGUCUAUGUUUAUGAAUUAGAUUUUCAUUUCAACCAAACCAUAAUCAGUGAAAGCAAUAAUGUCAGUAAAUAGUGAAACAUAUUGACAUAUGUAACAUGCCUGUUAAUUUCCUGGAGUCAAGGGUGACGUCUUCAAAUGUCUUGUUUUGUCUAAAAGUCAGUCCUAAACUCAAA